AUGAGUGUAAUCGAAAAACUUAGACGCGAACCGAGUCAAGCGGACCUAACAUUAGAACAAACAAGGAUGGAGAAUAACCCGGUUCUCCGCACUGCGGUUAUCCGAGAACUUCCAGCCAAUAUUACUCAAAGAUCAGUUGAGGCAAUUGCCGAAGAAUUUGGAGAUGUUGAAAGGUGUUGGAGAGGUGGUAAAUACUGGAUGAUUCGAUACGUAAGUUAUUAUUACUUGCAUUGUUUAGAAAUACGAAAAAAACUAUUUGUGAUUUCUCAUUGUAAAAUUAGUAAUAGUAAUGAAAUUGAAGAACUCAAAAUUUAGGAAAUUUUCUGCAACAAAAAAAAAAUGAAAUUUGAAAAAUUUGAUUUUCAACAUUGAAAGAGUAAUCACUGGCAAAAUACGGCUUGUGUGCUGCAGGCCUACUGCAGAUCUGAAGGAAAUGCGUGCCUGCUGCGCGUCUGCUGCAGAUCUCAAAAAAUUUUGCAGAUCUGCAGCAGACGAGCAAAAAAAUGUUUUCUGCAGAAUUUAAAAAAAUUCAAAGUUUUGCGAUUGAAAUUGAAAUCUCGGGAAAAAGCUGAAUAGUAAAGAAAAGUCGAAAAAAAAGCUUAACUAAUAGAAAAUCAAAAAUUUCGAUUUGAUUUCAAAUCUUGGAGAAAAAAUGAAUUUUAAAAAAAUUAAAAAACAAAUUUUAAAAAAAUUUUUCGGCGUGUCUACUGCACGCCUGCUGCAGAUUUCAAUUACCCUGUGCAGACGUCGUGCAAUGCAUAUCUGCAGUAGGCCUGCAGCACACAAGCCGUAUUUUGCCAGUGAUGUUAAAAAUUACCAUUUUAGUCAAAUUUCGAAAAACAAGAAAUGAGUUUAGAGACGUUUUUCGACAGUUUCACACAGCGAAAUUAGUGACGGUUUUUUCUGCUAUAUAACCUUAAAAAACGUUUUAGAGUUACACCUAAAUUUAUUUGGAGAUUACCUAUUUCUAGAUCUCCGUUACCACUUAUCUAAAAUUCUGAACGGAAGUUUUUUUUUAAAUUUCGGUCAGUUUUUUCGAGAUCUAAAAUGCAUAAAAAGAUAUUGUAAAUACCCUAUAGGCAGCAAACUACUAAAGUGAUGAAGAGAGAAUUUUUUGUCCUAGAAUUCCUUUCUAAUUUUUAAACAAUAUAUCACUCCUUUCUAAUUUUUAAACAAUAUAUCACUCCUUUCUAAUUUUUAAACAAUAUAUAUUUACAGAGGGUGGUGUCUAGUGUUCAAUUACUAAAAGAAGGAAAGCCUGAUCUGAUUAUCUCACAAAGUGUGUACAAAACUUCGGUAGAAAUUCAACCGAUUCCAAAAUCUUGGACCAACGAGUUUGCUUUAUGGAAGUUCAAACAAUUGUGUCCCGCGAUUCAUUCAGCUUGCCACAAAAUGAAAAAUGGUGCAAAAACGGGAGUUAUUAUUCUACACAUGGAAGACAAGGACGCCGAGGAACUAUGUCAACAAAUUAAUGAUAAUACAAUCUCAUUAAAAGUGUAAGUUUUAAGGCCAACCAUCGCCGUGGUCCAUUCAAAUUAAGAAUUUUUUGGAAUUGAAAAUAUUUAACGUGAAAUAUGCUACAUCAUGCUUAAGCCAAAAAUUUCCCGGUAUUUUCAUUGAAAAUUCAAUUUUUCGGUUUUCCGGAAAAUGAGCUUAGAAAAUCGGGAAUGAAAAAGUUUAAUAGUAAUGAGAAAUCUUUUAGAGUAUGACAUAAUAAAUUGAAAUUUUGGAGAAUAUGCAUAUGUUCUGAUACUUUGAAUUUCUGAACGGAAAAUGUUUGAAAGAGUUAAUGAAUUUUGUUUAAAAUGCGGAAUUGUUGUUUUCCGUGUUUCAUCUUUCCGGCACAAAAAAUUUAACAACUGAAUUUUGACAAUGAAAAAUUCUAGAGAAACAAUUUUGAAAUGAAAACAGAUAAUGUCUCUAUCUCCUAUCAAAAAACUUCUAUUUCAGAACAAGGGAACCACUUCAUGCAAAGAAAGUUCAAUUCUCGGCAACAGGAUUUUUGGAAAGAACAGCUACUGCGGAAGAACGCCGGUAAUUAUUACAUAUGUUCUUGUCAAAUGAUAAAGCAACCAAGCACAAAGCAACAACAUUUUCUUUCUUGUCACCUAUGGUACUGUAUGAUCUAGAAUCUUCGAUUUUCAAUUAUCCCUGAUUAAAAGUCCAGGUUUAAACCCAUUAAUUCCAUCGAAUUUUUCGAGAUCUGACACAUACCACGCUCAGGGUGAGGCAUAUGCACGGCGCCAAUAAAAAUUUACGGGAAUUCACCUCGCCAAUUUGAGAUUUUCUUGAAAAACAGCAAAUUGUUGCUUAUUUUCCCGUUAAAAAGUGGUAUUUUUCAGUCGAAAAGGUUGUUUUCACCUCGCCAAAAAAUUUCUAAACUCACACCGCCAAUUUUCGAAGUUAAUUUUCGAAGAAGCACGAAGCUGGGCGUGGUAUGAAUCCGCAUGAGAAAAACGUUCGAAAUCCCAGUCAAAUUCUACGCAUUCGAAUGCAAGAAGACGGAGUUUCUUGGGUUAUAACUGAACCUUAUGCGAAUGAUGGAGCGACGAUUUCAUCGAGUCAUUCUUUGGCUUAUUUUGGGGAACAAUUAUUGAUUGGAACAACUUUUGGCAGAUUGUUACAUUGUGAUGUUUUGAAUCCGCAAAUCACAUAA